GUGAGUGAGCGCGCGUAAUUACGUUCACGGAAUUUUAAAAUGUAAACAAACAAUUUUUUAUUACUUUUAGUGAGUGAAAUAUCUGUUUUUGUAGCAAAAAUGUACCAAAACAUUGGUCUUGUGUUGUGUUUUGUGGUGUUUCUGUGCAUAUUUAGUGUAUUUUCUGUGACUGUUAGUGAGCAUCAUCAUGUGCAUUGUACACAUGAGCACCCAAAGGCUGACGAAGUAAUUAGGGGUGUGCAUAUAGAACCCGCUCACAUAGUCAAAAAACGCAGCAUAGAUCAACCUUUACGAAUAAGUAUAUUUUAUGACCACUCUGUAUAUAGGUUAGAGCCGGAGAAGUUUGAUAUGAUCAAUAACACAAUUUUACCUGAAGCUGUGAAGUUUUGGGAGCAAGCACUGAAAGUUAGAAAAACUGGUGGACCUAUUAAAUUAAAUAGAAAAUGUCCAACGCGUCAGGUGUUCGUCCGUGAUGGUAGGACACACUGCAUAGACCAGUGCAAUGCUGAAACUAUGUGCGGUGAGGUGAAGGUACCGGAGGAACAUUUAAACCUCUGCUACGUGUGUAAUAGUACAGGACAUAACUGCAGAUCGUUGCCUCGAAAUGUUCGAAUAGAAGAAGAGGUACCGACAGAAAUUGAUGGGAAUUCCAUUAACGAGGGAACGGAGGUACCACAAGUGGCAGAUCCUGAAGUAGAUUACUCAGGAGUAGAGGAUACUGACUUUGUACUAUACGUCAGUGCGGUGGAGACGGAGAGGUGUCGCCGUGGACAGACGGUGGCAUACGCUUCUCAUUGCCAGCAGGAAUCUGCGUUAGACAGGCCAGUAGCCGGUCACGCCAAUUUCUGUCCAGGCGAGCUGUCCACCAACAACAGGGACCUUCCGUCAGUGCUAUCUACUGUCAAACAUGAGAUGCUACACGCACUGGGCUUCAGCGUGUCACUGUUCGCUUUUUACAGAGAUGAAAACGGAGAACCGUUAACGGAACGAAGACCAGACACUGGGAACCCACCGAUGGACGAAGAAUUACAAAUCCACAAAUGGUCUGAUCGUGUAGUGAAGAAUAUAACGAGGAAGAACUGGAUGAUUCGCGGUGGAUACAUGGAGAGGACCUUCCAUAUGGUGGUCACUCCUAGGGUCGUUCAAGAGGUUCGAGAUCACUUCAACUGCUCAGAGUUGGAGGGCGCUGAGUUAGAAGACCAGGGUGGGGACGGUACAGCACUCACUCACUGGGAGAAGCGAAUAUUUGAGAACGAAGCAAUGACUGGUACUCACACUCAGAACUCAGUCUUCAGCCGGAUAACCUUCGCUCUCAUGGAAGAUACAGGAUGGUACCGGGCCAAUUACGAACACGCCACUCCUCUAGACUGGGGGAAAGGCCUCGGAUGCAAGUUCUCGAUGGUCUCCUGCAAACAAUGGCUGAAUUCGCAAAGGUUCAGCGAAUCUAUGGACAAUUCUACGACAAACGUUACUAACGGGACUACGGAGAAAGAGAGAAAGAACCCGGCCCCCUUCUGUGAGAGGAUCAAAGGUAACCCUCUUCGAACGGAAUGCUCCCCCCGACGUAACGCCGUGGUACUCUGCAAUCUUGUACGUCAUGAUACUAUACUGCCUCGAGCAUACCAGCAUUUCGAUACCCUUCCAAACGUGGCUCCAGGUGAAGAGGCUCACUAUGGAGGCUCCGUCUCCCUGGCGGACUACUGCCCGUACCUUCAGGAGUUCACGUGGAGACACAAGAGCGUGCUCGUCAGGGGCAGCCGCUGUUCUUAUGAGGAGAAUACGCCUAAAAGUGACGUAAACUUCGCUCUAGAGAAUUAUGGAGCGCACUCGAAAUGUUUUGACCACAGCGACAGAGUUUGGGAGCAGAAGUCCUGUAGACAGAUCAGAGAAUGGCAACACUGGGGUUCGGGUUGCUACAAAUAUAAAUGUGAAAGUGGCCGAUUGCAUAUUGUUGUCGGCAACUAUUCAUACACCUGUUACCAUGCGAGCCAAGUACUUCAAAUAAGGAUAAUCAAAAAAGGCUGGCUGCACAAAGGGGGCGUGGUCUGCCCUCCUUGUAGGGAAGUCUGCAAAGAGGAAUUCGCGUCCCGAAACGAGUACUGCAAAGGCGGAGAAGAGCCUUUGCCGCCAAAUCUAUACCGAAAUGACAUUUUGACUUGCUCAGCUGUCACCCUGACGUCUCCCGCCUUUUUAGUAACCGCCAUUUUGAAUUUGAUAUUCAGUUUACAAAAGUAAUUAUAUUUUUUGUAUAUUUUAUUUAUUUUGUAGACCCAUUUAAGUAAUCGACUGUUCGCGUAAGAUUAUGUAUUUUUUUGCAAUUUUUUUUGUUAGGUUAGGUUAUUUUUGGUCGAUUUUUUGUUGAUAUAAAUGCGGUGUAUUGUUAGUUUUUUGGACUUUGAAUUCAUUUUGUAUAUUUCCAAUAUUUUUCAAGUAUCUAAAGAUAAGAUUGGUGUUCCAUGGGCGGCGCUGAUCGCUUACUGUCAGGUGAUCCAACUCUCGUUCAACUCCUAUUCCGUCAAAAAAAUCACAUAAGAUGUAAUUAGUAAUUGGAAAAGUAGUGAAUGAAUUCAAAAUGUUUCUUUUUUUUAUUUUUGACCCUGUCUCGUGUAUUUGAGUCACCAACUUAUUAUAAAAUCAAAUUCCAUUUUGUGCAACAAAAAAUCGGCCGUACCUUACCUGUAUUGAUAAACAAACGUACUGUUUGAUAAAUUACUUAAAAAUACAUUAAGUAUAAUGCUACUUAAACGACAUUUAAUGCAAUUAUUUUUUUUUUCGAAAAUAAAAAAAAAUCAAAUACUUAAGCACAUGAAACUACCCAAAACUGUUUAUAUUUUUCAAAAGACUUUUAACUUUAAUUCCUUUGCCAUUCGGUCGAAAAUCUAUUGGACAGUUUGGGGUAGGUUGAUGAGCUGGUAUCUUGAUAACGAACCUCCUGUCAAAUUUAUAGGUUAUGUUGUAAAAAAAAAACUUAAACCUGUAUAUUUUUAUACACAAACAGUUUCAAAUAACUUAUGGAUCUGUCGAUUUGAUAUUAGAAAUAGAGUUUUGAUACAUUUUUGAAUUUAUAUAUAGAAUAUAUGUUAUAUGUUCAGUACUACCUCUCCCGCGCGAUUUCAUUCUGCUUGGCUUCUUUUGGUCGUAGCGUGAUGUUUUAUAACUUAGACUUUUCCUCGAUAAAUGGACUAUCCAAUAC